CGCUGUCACUGUAAGCACGAUAUUUCCGGCAGCAAUCCUCAUUUGUGUGCGGUAAACAGCAUAUAAAGCCAAAUAAAUUUGAAGAACCUCUUCAAAACUGGACAUACUGUCAUGCCGACGUAAUCAUGAAGAUGAAACAGACCACGACGGGUUUUGUAUUUGCAAGUAUAAUCUCGAGUCUUCUGCUUAAUAUCGUCAAGGUAACCGGACAACAUUUGCUUACCAGUCCUGCCACAAACUGUGAACAAUAUCGCGAUCAUCGUGGUAAGUUUGAAAUAACCGGAAAUGACGACAGCGUGCAUUGUUUGCAGAAACAUCUUUAUCAAUUCGCCCUACGCUCCUCGCCCAACGACGCCGACAAUGCAUAUGUUGAUGAACUUUUGAAGAAAGCCUUGACUAGGUGUAGUGUUAAAAAGUCCAAAGCCGGACUUUCGAAACUGUCAAAGAAAAAAUGCAGAAGCAGGAAGUGCAAAAAAAUGAGAUACAAAGGGAGACGCGGGAAACGAUUCGCAAGGAAAUAUUAUUCUAACAGGGAAAGGAAGUAUAACGCUGAACAAGCUGGAUGCAACUGGGAACGAAAAGAAGUCCGGAUGCUGUCAAGGCCUGAAUGGAACCAAUUUACCAACAGAAUUAAUAUUCUCAAAAGGCCAAUCGAACUCCCAGGAGGUGGAUCAUUUAUACCAUAUGAUGUGAUUUCCAACAUCCACAGAGUUAAAACCAACUUAAAGGCAGCCCACAAAGGGCCUAACUUCCUCGGUUGGCAUAGAGUGUACCUCCUUAUAAUGGAAGCAGCCAUAGGUGUUCCCAUACCCUACUGGGACAGUCGGCUGGACUAUGAUAUGGAUGAGCCUGUUGACUCCGUAUUGUGGACGGACGAGUUUUUCGGUCCGGGUAUUGGUAGAGUGGACUCGGGGCCAUUUGCAAACUGGAUAACGGCUCACAAAGAGCCACUUGCCCGAAAUAUUGGAUUAUCUGGAAGUCUCAUAAGCGAAUGUAUGGUGGAACGAAUGUUACGUUAUAAAAGUCACGACCCUGUUGUUGAUCCAACGGUAAGGAGUAUUUCGAUAGAAGGCAUACAUAAUGGUCCCCACCGUUGGGUAGAUGGGCAGCUUUCUAUUAUCAGAAAAGCGUCACAGGAUCCCGUCUUUUUUCUUCAUCACAGCUUUAUCGAUUAUUUGUGGUAUCUGUUUAGACAACUCAUGCGGGAAACUGGAAACAUCAAUCCGGCAACUGAUUACCCCGACAAGGGGCCGAAGUCACAGGCUCGCAAUGAAAACAUGAUUCCAUUUGGUAAUCUUCGAAAUAUUCAUGGCUAUAGUGACAUCAUUGAGGGUCUAAGUCGCUAUAAACCUCCACCCAAGUGUCCCUCCUGUGGCGGAAGUGACUAUUUGGAGUGCGACAGACAAAUUAACAGAUGCAGGUCGAAAGCAAGCCGUACAGUCGCCACUUUGCGAGAUAUUCAAAUUCGUAGAAGACUGGCAAUGGAUAUAGUCAUCCGUGGUACCCGAUUUGAAGGCCCUGUAACAGAUAUUAGGACAAGCGGGGUUGCUUUAGGUUAUUUACAGUUAGUGAAUAAUACACACUUGGUAAAUACCGGUACGUUAUAAUCUGCCAUUUGCAUUUUAACGAGACAUGACACAUCUGGAGUAGACUGGUAGCGUCACGCCGUAAAGGGAUAUUAAAAUGUCUGUAUGGGCAGUCAUCGUCACUCCAGCAAUUCAUUUACGCAUUUUUUUGGAAAUAUAAUUUAGUAUGAUAAUAAAAGUUUCCGACGAUUGAAA